UAAAAUAGGUUAAGUUGACCCGCCAACAACUUCAGGCUCCAAGGAGAGAGAGAGAGAGAGAGAGAGAGAGAGAUGGCCUAGCACUAAUUAUAGCAGUAAAAAUUUCCUAAGAUAAUCAUUUCGGUGCAGAUAUAUUCUAAUUAUAAGCGUUUUGAGUAGAUAUUGUACUCCGUAAGUAAGUGGAGAGGCUGCUCUUUAAGUCAACUAACUAAUCUCCACUGCAAGAAACUCUCUCUCUCUCUCUCUCUCUGAAAAAUUUUGUAAGGAAGGAAAGGGAGUAGAAGAUGGCAGGAGGAUCUUUGGCUCCAACUGGUGUGUCCAAGGAGAGAGCACAGCAAUACCAAGGGAAGGUUACCUCUUAUGUGGUCAUUUCUUGCAUUGUUGCGGCCACUGGUGGAUCCAUCUUCGGCUAUGACAUCGGAAUUUCAGGAGGGGUGACAUCAAUGAAUGGAUUUCUUGAAAAGUUCUUCCCAACUGUCUAUGAGAAGGAAAAGAAUGCUCAUGAAAACAACUACUGCAAGUACAACAACCAAGGCCUAGCAGCAUUCACAUCUUCUCUCUAUCUUGCUGGUCUUGUUGCAUCUCUAGUGGCAUCUCCCAUUACCCGAAAAUACGGGCGUCGUGGAAGCAUAAUAUGUGGUGGAAUGAGCUUUAUAAUAGGAGCAACUUUAAAUGCUUCAGCUGCAAACCUCGCAAUGCUUAUAUUGGGCAGGAUCAUGCUUGGGUUCGGCAUAGGAUUUGGAAACCAGGCGGUUCCCCUGUAUUUGUCAGAGAUGGCACCAUUCCGUCUCAGAGGAGGCCUGAACAUGAUGUUUCAGUUGGCAACAACCCUGGGUAUCUUCUCAGCAAACAUGAUCAACUACGGAACAUCAAAGCUCGAACCGUGGGGAUGGAGGCUCUCCCUAGGCCUGGCUGCAGCACCAGCUGUUUUAAUGACAUUGGGAGGAAUAUUUGUUCCAGAGACACCUAACAGCUUAAUCGAACGAGGAUCAACGGAAGAGGGAAGAAAGAUUCUAGAAAAGAUAAGAGGGACCAAUAACGUCGAAGCAGAGUUACAAGACAUAAUUGAUGCCAGCGAGUUAGCAAACUCGAUAGAGCAUCCCUUUAGAAACAUCCUUGAAAAAAGGAACAGGCCACAAUUAGUCAUGGCAAUCUUCAUGCCGACAUUCCAGAUACUCACAGGAAUCAAUUCGAUCCUCUUCUAUGCACCGGUUUUAUUUAAAAGUAUGGGGUUUGGGGCAAAUGCUUCACUCUACGCUUCUGCCUUGACUGGAGCUGUACUCUGUUCAUCUACAGUAGUCGCUAUUGUAAUGGUAGACAGGUGGGGUCGGAGGGCUUUACUAAUUGGCGGGGGAAUACAGAUGAUUAUAUGCCAGGUGAUAGUUGCCAUAAUCUUAGGGGUCAAGUUCAGCACUGACAAUGAGCUCUCGAAAAGCUUCUCGGUACUAGUGGUGGUGGUAAUCUGCCUCUUUGUUGCAGGUUUUGGAUGGUCAUGGGGCCCUCUGGGCUGGACAGUGCCAAGUGAGAUAUUCCCUCUAGAAACCAGAUCAGCUGGACAGAGUAUCACAGUAGCUGUGAACCUUUUCUUCACUUUCGUUAUAGGCCAGUCUUUCCUUUCCCUCCUCUGUGCUUUCAAGUUCGGGAUUUUCCUCUUCUUUGCUGCCUGGAUUACAGUGAUGACGCUCUUCGUCUAUUUCUUCCUACCUGAAACCAAGGGAGUCCCUAUCGAAGAGAUGAUAUUCGUUUGGAGAAAGCAUUGGUUCUGGAAGAAAAUAGUUCCUGGGUAUCCAAAUGCAGACGAGAGUAAUGUUACACAGUGAUUCAAUGGAGUAAGGUAAAACGGUUUGGAGUAAGGUAAAACGGUUAAGUUAAUGGCAUGAACAUUGGCUGAGCUACCAGUCACAAUAUGAUUACCUCAACUCAAAACGUGAAGAAUGUAGUAGACUACAUAAUAGAUGACUCUUCUCUUCUGUACUCUCUUAAAGAAAAAUAAAAUUGUCGUUUAUGAGGCA